AUAGUGAAGAGGAUAUAAUCGAGAUGGGAAAUAGGUUAGUAGAAAAUACACCAAUGGACGAUUAUACUCUAACACAUAAAGGUACCCGAACAGUUUCGAGCUUGAAUUGAUUAGAGCUGUUGGGAAGAACCUACCUGCUGCGGUUCGUGGGGAAAGGCAGAUUCUCGAGUUCAUGAUGCACAAUAAUAUGCUUCAAAGGCUUUACGCUGAAGGAACAGGCGUGGGAGAACAGACCGUCUUUUUAGGAAGGAUGGCCAAACAACUAGCUCAUCGUUACCCACAGACAAACAUAUUAGAAAUUGGUAUGUAUUCACUCCACAUGAUAGGUGCCAGUACUGAGCAUCUGCCAGGCGCUGGAACAGGUGGGGCUACAAAAAGUGCUCUGAAGGAAAUGGGCGAAGCGUUUACGUCCUAUACUUUCACCGACAUAUCCCCUGGUUUCUUCGAGAAUGCACAGCAAGUUUUCGAAGAGUAUAGCCACCGAAUGACAUUCAAGGUCUUGGACAUUGAGAAAGAUAUUGAAUCACAGGGCUUCAUUCCAGGAUCCUAUGAUGUUAUUAUUGCAUCCUUGGUCUUGCACGCCACCAAGAAUAUCCAGGUCACAUUACACAAUGUCCGUCGUUUACUUAAGCCAGGAGGGUUUUUGCUCAUGUGCGAGCUUACAAGCCCCCCACCAUUAAGAAUGGGAUUCAUUUUCAGUGGUUUACCUGGCUGGUGGUUAGGUGUUGACGAUGACCGGACCUUAUCGCCAUGUAUCAAUCCUACACAAUGGGAUGCUGUGUUACGCAAGACCGGAUUUUCUGGUAUAGAAUCAAUGACUCCCGAGGUCGACUUCAUGGUACGGCCUGGAUUUGUUAUUGCAUCUCAGGCUGUCGAUGACCGUAUAGUGGCUCUUCGACAACCACUGGCGUCACCCCCAGCAGUCGCAAAUAUACCUAAACUAAUCAUCAUUGGCGGCAAAGAGUCGCAAGUUGUCGACCCAGUCGGAGAUCUCCUGUCCCCUUAUUGCAAUCAAAUACACAAAUUCGAUACCUUGGAAGACAUCGAAGAGAAUACUGUCACUCCAAUUAGUGCCAUUCUUAUCCUAGCCGAUCUGGAUGUACCUACCUUCCAAAGCAUUACCAAAAGAAAGCUUUCCGGAAUUAAGCUUCUAUUCGACAAAGCAAGAACAGUACUGUGGGUGACUCGUGGUUCAAGGGCUGCCGUCCCUUAUUCUAAUAUCGCUGUGGGAUUCGGCCGGUCCUUGGCAGAAGAGCUGCCACAUGUCCGCUUGCAAUUCUUGGAUUUUGAUCACACACAAGCUGCGGAUCCUAAAGUCAUUGCCGAGUUCCUUUUGAUGGGACAUUUGUUGGAUGUUUGGGAGAAUAUGAGAGUCCAGGGUAACAUGCUUUGGUCCAAGGAACCAGAGAUUAGCCAGCAUAACGGUCGGAUGUUUGUACCUCGACUGAUAGCAGACAAACCUCGAAAUGAUGUUUACAACUCUGGGCGUCGUCUAAUAACAAAAGAGGUCGACCCUGCACAAUUCCCCGUCCAACUUUAUCGCUCCAAAGCAUCUUACAGCAUCAAAGAGAAUUUGGAAGCUGAUCUAUCCGUUGAUACCAUUUUUCUCAAAGUUACUCACUCAUUACUUUCUCCGAUACAAGUAUCCAGAACAUCUUUUCUGUAUCUUGUACUUGGGACGGACGUCAAGACUCGAAAGAAUGUUCUGGCAUUUUCUAAAGUUAAUGCAUCAAUGGUUGAAGUUCCUUCCGAAUGGAUAGCUGAUUGCAACGUACCAGCUGGGCAAGAGGCGCAAACCCUACGCUUUGCUGGAUUUCAUCUUAUCGCCCAGGCGGUUGUCCCAUCGGACUCUCCGUCAACAACCUUUGUGAUACAUGAGCCUGAGGUAGGAAUGACAGCCAUUCUUUCGAAGAUUGCCGCAGAAAGGAACUUGAAGAUAAGAUUUACAACUCAUAUGCCAGAGAAUUCAAACUUGCCUGGCCCGUGGAUCUUCAUUCAUCCAAUGUCGACAAACGAUGACAUCAAACAGUCACUUCCAGAGGACAUAUCAGUCUUCUUAGACAUGACCGCUUUGACUCAUGUCAGGUCGAUAAUCGAGCCAUGUAUACCUUCUUGGUGCCGGGUCAUUAGUCUCGCUUCUGUCUUCGGGGAGAAUGCUCGAGUAUCUGGCCAGGAUCCCAGCGUCAGAGUAUCCAAAUUCUUUGCUGGGUUAUCUGAGGCCUUAAUCGGUAACACAAACAUUCCCGGGGCGCCAGCCAUACGUGUGGAAGAUGUAAUAAAAGUCUCCAAUCUUGAGAACCUCACCGUCGUUGAUUGGACGGAAAGUUCGACUUUACCAGUACCUUUAAAUCCCGUCGAUUCCAGAAAUCUCUUUGCUUCAAACAAAACGUACAUAUUAUUUGGAAUGACAAGUAACCUGGGGCAAUCUUUGGUUACCUGGAUGGUCCAACGAGGAGCAAGACAUGUUGUGCUUACGAGUCGACAACCCAACGUUGAUUCCGUUUGGAUUCGAAGCCUGGAGCGCAUAGGCGCAUCAAUCAAAGUUUUUGCAAAGUAAGUUAAUAAGUGGAUACCAGGAAUUUCAUCAAGGCUAACGGCUUUAGUGAUAUCACGGAGAAAAUAUCAUUACAAAAGCUUUGCCGAGAAAUUAGGGAUCAAUGCCCACAAGUUGGUGGAAUUGCAAAUGGGGCUAUGGUUCUUCAUGAUACCCUUAUCCGUGACCUUGAUCUCGAGACUCUUGUAAAAGUCCUUAAGCCAAAGGUUGAUGGGAGCAGAUAUCUCGAUGAGAUAUUCCACGACGACAAGCUUGAGUUUUGUGUGUUCUUCUCUUCUCUUGCAGGCAUAUACGGAAAUCGUGGGCAAUCAAACUACAGUGCGGCAAAUGCUUUCAUGGCGGCGCUUGCAGCUCAGCGGAGAAGCAGGGGUCAAGCAGCAUCGAUUCUUCAUCUUGGCGCAAUAAUGGGUGCUGGUUAUGGUAUGUUACCCCUAAACACCCCAGCUUCCGCUAAUUAAUGUCCCAAUCCGUCCACUCUUUUUCCGGACCCAUUAUAACCUUUUACGUAGUAUCUCGAGAAGGUAGUUCAUCUCUAUUGAGGUCUCUUGACCGGGCAGGAUGGCUGUGGCUGUCCGAAAGAGACUUCCACCAGUCCUUUGCCGAAGCAAUUGUGCGUGGCCAUUCAGAUUUCCAAGAUCCACACAAAUGCGAAGUCCUAGUGGGUGCACGGCGAGUUGAAUCAGAGGAAGGUCUUGAGAGGCAGUGGUUCGAUAAUCCAAAGUUCCAGCAUUGCGCAAAUCAACAUGGAAGUGUUGCGGCCAAGUCAAACGACUCUGCAGCUACCGUGUCAUUGAAGUCCCGAUUGCUUAUUGUAACCACAGAGAAAGAAGCUUAUGAAAUAAUCAAAGGUAGCUUCAUCUUUCUUCCUGUCGCGAUAUCUUGCUAACGGAUCUCAAGAUUCAUUCCUAGUGAAACUGAAGGUUUCCCUCCAAUUACAAGACUUAUCAGGAGACAAGCAAAAAGCUAUACUCUCUCAAGGAGCCGACCAGUUGGGAAUGGACUCCUUGAUUGCAGUAGAAAUCCGCUCAUGGUUUCUUAAGGAGUAUCUUGUAGACAUACAGGUGCUCAAAGUUCUCGGAGGCGCUACGAUUGGAGAAAUCCUUGACCUGGCGCUGGAAAAACUGCCCCAGGAAUUGACUCCAAACAUAAGACUCUCUGACCCCGAUAAGUCAAAUCCUUCAGGCCGAGAAACUCCUGCCUCUGAAAGCAAAGUUUCAGCGACGAAUUCUGUCACUUUAAGCAUAGAAGGCAAAGAAUCGAUCUCCACAGCGCCCACCACAUCUUCUGCGUCAACAACGCCUGUUGAUGAGCUUCAUUUCGUCAGAACUGAAGCAAUGGGUUUUGGACAGUCAAGAUUCUGGUCAAUGAGAAACAUUCUAGAAGACCAGACAACGUUCAACAUUGUUUGCUCAGGUAGUCUUAGCGGCCCUUUGAGGAUAUCUCAACUUGAAAAAGCAGUUUCGAAAGUAGCACAGGUUCACGAAGUCUUGCGUACUGCAUUCUUUGAAAGAAAAGACUACGGAUAUGUCCAGGGCAUCUUACCACAAUCAAGAAUUCAGUUAGAACAUCAAAGUAUCACAAACGAACGAGAGAUUUCGCGCGAACACGAUGCAAUGCGUGCUCACGUCUUUGACUUGGAACACGGCGACACGUUUAGAUUCAAAGUACUGUCUCUAACUUCGACGUCACACUUCUUGAUUAUUGGCUACCAUCAUAUCGUCAUGGAUGGCAUGAGUCUCGAGUUCUUCUUGUCAGACUUGGCAAAGGUUUAUGGAGAUCAAAAGCUCGAAUCCCCGCCUCAAAGCUAUUGCGACUUCUCAUUAGAAGAACGCGAAAACGUCACUGCUGGUCGAAUGAACCCUGAACUAGCCUACUGGAAAGAUUCAUUCUCGGACAUUACCCCUACUUUACCAUUACUUCCAUUCUCACAAACUCGAUGUCGCCAAAACCUGUCGAAAUACAAUUUCGUGAAAUCCGAAGUCAAAAUCCGUGCUAAACUAGCCACCAAGAUUAAAAACGUGUGCAAGGAACAGAAAGUCACCCCAUUUCACUUCUAUCUAGCUGCUUUCAAGUCAAUGCUCUUUAGGAUAUUGGACACUGAAGAAAUCUGUAUUGGGAUGGCCGACGCCAACAGAACCAACAGCACUAUCAUAUCAAGCCUGGGGAUGUUCAUGAAUCUUCUUCCUCUAAGGUUCCGUACAGACCCCAGCCAAGAAUUCAAAGAUGCCUUGAAAGAGGCACGGAUGAAAGCCUAUUCCGCCUUAACGAAUGGCAAUGUCCCUUUCAACGUCCUCCUGGAAAUACUUGACGUGCCCCGAUCUGCGAGCCACUCACCUCUGUUUCAAGCAUUCAUCAACUACCGACAAGGGGUUCAAGAGAAGAGGUAUAUUGGCGAUUGCGAAGUAGAGGGCCUUAAUUAUCAGAUUGCGCGAAGCUCCUACGAUAUAUCUUUAGAUAUUAUCGAUAACCCAGGGGGCGAUUCCACAAUAUCCUUUAUGCUUCAAGAAUCGCUCUAUUCCCAAUCCGUCUGCGAAAGAAUACUGGAUUACUUUGUGAAUAUCGUUAAGGGGGUCUCUUCCAAUCCUUCCCUAACUAUAAGUUUGAUACCGAUAUUCAGCGCUUCAAGCAUCCAAGAAGCACUCGCGCUUGGGCGAGGUCAGUCACUUUUGACUUCUCAUUUCCGCUUUCUUUGAAAUCCAGCUAAUACUUGCCAGGACCGGAAAUCGACUCGAAAUGGGCUAUUACUUUGGGGCAUCAGAUUGAUAGCAUAAUCAAGGAUCGAAAAUCCGACAUUGCUCUCAGAGAUGAAGUUGGAAAAAUGACGUUCAAGGACAUGUCUCGUCGGAUCGAUCAAAUCUCGGCUGCCUUAUUUUCCUGUAAUAUCCAGCCACAAUCGAUCAUUGGGGUUCUUCAAGAGCCGACCUCGGAUUGGAUAUGUUCUCUGCUUGCUAUCUGGAAACUCGGUCAUAUCUAUCUUCCUUUGGAUACGCAAAUCCCACAUGCACGGCUCAAUACCAUGGUACUGGAUUGUAAGCCUGCAGCGAUUCUAUUCCACGCUACCACUUUGCAGAUUGCGAGUUCUCUAACACGGGAAAACAUGAAAAAACUCAAUAUCUCGUGCCUCUCCGACGAACCAGCGUCACCCUUGACAAAUAGAGCAACACCUCAGAGUCUGGCUGCAAUCAUCUAUACCAGUGGAUCGACAGGUAUCCCGAAAGGUAUAUUAUUGAAACACUCCUCUUUGGUCAAUCAGAUGGAACAAUAUGUUACCGAUCUCAGCAUCAGUCAUCAAGUAGUGAUGCAGCAAAGUGCGUUUAGCUUUGACUUAUCCUUGUGGGAAAUGCUCAUGGGGCUCACCUGUGGCGGAUCUGUCUAUGUGGUUCCAAACUCGAAGCGCCGAGACCCUAUCUCAAUCACAAACCUGAUCACUGAAGAAGGCAUUACAUUGACCCUAGCGACCCCCACGGAAUACCUAAGCUGGCUGAAAUACGGGUCUUCCUUGAAAUCAUCAAAACUAGCAUACGCGCUAUCUGGUGGUGAAGCACUGACCCCAAGUGUCAAACAAGCAUUCUACAAGCUAUCAAAAUCUGGACUUCGUCUUUUCAACUUUUAUGGCCCCGCUGAAUCUACCAUCUCGUGUCAUACGGCGGAGUUAGAUUAUACUAAGCCUGUAUCAAUGACCUCUUCCAAUCCUAUCCCCGCAGGUUUCACCAUCCGCAAUACCUCCACUUAUAUUCUUGAUGAGAAUCGGAAGCCACUUCCGGUGGGUUUUACUGGCGAGGUAGCCAUCGGAGGCGCGGCCGUUGCUGAGGGAUAUUUCAAUAACGAUGAACUUACGGCUCGGACCUUUCCAGAAAACCUACAUGCUACCUCUAGUGACCUUUUGGACAAGGGGUGGAAAAAGAUGCUUCGAACAGGCGAUCGUGGUCGCCUUCGCGAGGACGGUGCUCUGUUACUAGAGGGGAGAAUAUCCGGAGACACCCAAGUCAAGUUUAUGGGCGUUCGAAUCGAGUUACAGGAUAUUGAGAAUACCAUACUACAGGCUGCACAACCGGCUCUUUCGGAAGCCGUAGUCUCGUUCCGUGCUGAGUCGAAUAUUCUCGUGGCUCAUGUGGUGUUUUCCGUUGAAUAUCCCCUUGAAGACCGAGCUGGUUUUUUGAAGCGGCUACUUCCAAGUCUGCCUUUGGCACAAUACAUGCGUCCGGUGAUAAUAAUACCGUUGGAGUCAUUGCCAAUCACAGCCCAUUCCAAAAUCGACAGGAUGUUAAUUCAGAAGUUGCCUAUUCCACAGGGUCAGAAAUCCACGCUCGCUCACCCGCUCACGGAUACUGAGCAUCAGUUGAAGGAAGUAUGGGAAUCUGUUUUGGCCAAAGAAGUUAUUGAAUUCAAUGACUUCACCUCGGACACGGAUUUCUUUCACGCUGGAGGCAAUUCGGGGAUCCUUGUGAGGGUACAGGCACUGGUUAGAGAAAGGUUUGAUGUGGUGAUACCUCUUUUCGACUUCUUUGAAGCAAGCACGCUUGGUGCCAUGGCCUCGAAGAUUGAGAAAGCAGUGCCAGAAGGAUCAAUCGACUGGGAUGAAGAAACUUCGGUUUCCUCAAUAUCAUCGUCCUCAAUUGCCGCCGAACCUCUCACCAAAACCUCUACAUCUACGGGUAAGAUGGUACUCCUCACAGGAGCAACCGGUUUUCUUGGCAAAAAGAUUCUCGAGACUCUUAUCAACGAUGCUGGAAUCUCUAAAGUUUGCUGCAUUCUUCGUGGGGAAAACCGCAUUCCAUUUAAGUCCGAUAAAUUGAUGGUAUACUCUGGCAAUCUGACCGCACCGCUACUUGGCCUGCAUGAGGAUACAUUCAAGGCAUUAGCACAAGAGGUUGAUAUCAUUAUCCAUAGCGGCGCUCAACGCUCCUUUUGGGAGUACUACCAAUUGUUAAGGAGAGCCAAUGUGUCAAGCACAAAAGAGUUAGCGAAGAUGGCAGCGGCCCGCCGAAUUCCCAUCCAAUAUAUCAGCUCUGGGGGAGUUCUCAAAUUUGACAACUCGGCCUCGCCAAGUGACGGCUCUGAUGGAUACGUGGCGUCCAAGUGGGCAAGUGAGAAGAUUCUGGAAAAGGCUUCCAAAGCCUUUGGUAUCCCAAUUACGAUUCAUCGCACACUUGCAACAUCCCAGACUUCCGGGUCCUCGUCUGCUAUCUUAGAACAAUUCCUAGACCUCACGCGACAGAUGAAGGUCCUUCCGUUUGCAACUGGCUGGACGGGUGAGAUGGAUCUUCUACCUCUCGACACUGUCACAACCGCAAUUUGCAAGAUGGCAAGUCAAGAGCAAGCAGCUGAGACGGGUCCAAGAUAUAUCCACCACCACGCCGAGGUGAAAUUGUCUGCAAGCGAACUCUCUGGGUAUCUUGAGAGCCAUAUUGGAGAACAGGAGGACUUCGCUAGAAUGCCUGGCUUGGAAUGGAUUGGGAAGAUCAAACAAUUGGGAUUUGGGUACUUGAUCUCAUCGCAGAAGAUGACGUUGGAGUCGGAUGGCAAGUGGGCUCGGGAUCCACUUAUUUCAAGUGCUUAG